AAGGAAAUUGAAACUUUUCUCUCCACGCGUUUGGUUUUCGAGAAAGUGACACAGCUCGGGAAAAUUUUCUCUUUUUCUUUUUUCUCGAGAAAAAAAUAGAACCAAACCCUAUAACCAUUGUCUUAAUUUCCCCGAUGAACUCUUAACAAUCACCCUCUCUCAUCAUCUUGACGGCUAGAUCCCUCCUCCGGCGAUCCUCCGGUGACCGAUCUGACCGGCGAGAGAUCACCUUUUUGUCUUUUCUAUCUCUAGCUACACACAGUAAAUGGACCAUUAUGACUUGCAAGCACAGAGAAGGGAAAUGAAGCAUAAAGGAAGAAAUGUUGUUUGGUCUAUUGCUAUGGACAAGUGUCUCAUUGAAGCUCUUGCUGUUCAGGCUAGAAAUGGAAACAAAAUAGACAAAUGUUUCAAUGAGAAUGCAUAUACUGCAGCUUGUUUUGCUGUGAACUCCCACUUUAACUUGAACUUGAACAAUCAAAAAGUUGUUAAUCGUCUUAAGACAAUUAAGAAGCGGUACAAGGUUAUAAGGGAUAUGCUAAGUCAAGAUGGGUUCAGGUGGAAUCCCAAUACAAAGAUGAUUGAGUGCGAUAGUGAUGAUCUUUGGAAGAGAUACAUUGCAGCACAUCCUGAUGCGAAAGGAAUUCGGGGUAAGCAGAUUGAGAUGUAUGACGAACUGAAAAUCGUUUGUGGAAAUUACCAAGCCCCUAGUCGUUGGGCUAAGAUGAAAGAUGGAGGUCAUGUAGCAAAGAAUUUUGAAGAAGAUUCUCCUUCAUAUCUUUCGCCAAGUUCAGAAGAUGUGAGCGAGACUGAUGGAACAGAAUCAUAUACUGGACCACCAGAUUGUAUCCCAGAUGGUAGUCAGGACCCUCCUCUGAUCCAGCCUAUGAGACAACUCCCUAAACGAGCCCGUGGGUCAGAAGCUCUUCAAGAUGCAAUGUUGGCAGUGGCAUCAAGCAUUCGUCGUUUAGCUGAUGCAAUGGAGCAAAGCAAAACUGCCAUCAAUGCCUCAGAACUAUUACGCGCGGUAAUGGAGAUUGAUGGCUUAGAAGAGGCUAAACAAAUGUAUGCUUUCGAAUAUCUGAAUGCUGAUCCCAUUAAAGCCAGAGCUUUUAUGACAUAUAAUGCUCGAAUGAGGAAAGUUUAUUUAUUUCGACAGUUUUGGUGGUGGAAGUGACACUUUCAUGUAUAGUUUGCAAAAUUGUGAGAGAACUGUUUCUUGGAUGUUUACACAUUAAACCUUAAUUGAUGUUUGAAGGUGAAUGUACAGAUAUUUGAUGAUCUCAGGAUGAAAAUUUAGAGCUAGAAGCUGGUAUUGUAGAGACAUUCGCCAGCACCUUUACUGCAUCUUCUUUUGAGUGAAGCGAGCACUUACUGUAAGAUCAUCUGGUCUCUUUCUUGCUUUAUCCUUUUAAAGAGGUCAGGAAUUGCUCUUUGUUCUCUUAAUUUAGGGUAUAGCUGCUGAAAUUCGGUGGCCCCGUGGAGUUCACUGUGCUAAUUGGUUUUAAUGGAACAUCAUAAUGUCUAAUACUCAAAUUUUUGUUGCUUUUGAUUAUUAUUUUCAUCAGUGAUGAAGUUC